AUAGUUGCAAGUUAGCUAAUUUCGGAUGUGAAAUGGAAUGAGUUACGUUGUGUUUUAUUCCUCAGUUUUUAUUAAAUAGAAAAGUGAAUGAAUAAAAUAGUGCGAAAUCAUUUCAUUCAUCGUACUCGUUGUAGUAAAAUUAUCGUCAACUUGUAUGUAGAUGAGUGCUAUCCAAAAUAGCACCACUCAACUACACCUUCUCCAAUAUCAUUACACCUCUGUGAAAGUUCGCUCACGAAGAGUUCAACCCUGAAGAAUCAAGUUUUUCCAACUUUCAUCCAAGUUCGAUGGUGAAUAAGUGAAGAUUGUGUUCAAUCGUUGACCAUUGUGAUCCCACGUUUAUUAGUGUUAAUUGCUCAAAAUGCCUUCGGAACCUUGCUCAUUCACGGAUUACGAAGAAGGUAUCGUUUUCGACGAAGAUGAUCCAGAUUUUGGCGCCGGAACUGGCAGAAACAAGGAGAAUUUCAGAUACUUCGUUGGUGGUGAGUACUCAAUUUUUACCAUGGAGAUAGGAUGGAAAAUGGUGAUGAUUCCAUCACCAGCAAUGUCACUGACUAGUCUAGAAGCCAAUAAUAGAAGUCACAGUUUCAGUAGUAUCAGCUCAUUAGAUGAGCCGAGACAUACGGCAGAACCUACCGUACUUUCUAUCGAAGAAUUACGCCAUCAUUUAAAUUCCUGUUUCACAUGUGGUGUCAGUUGGCAUCAAGAUCACGUAUCGUUAGAUUGUCCAGAAUGUGGCGGAUACUCGUUACAACGACCAUGUGUACAGUGUGACGGAAAAUGCCAUACAGUCUGGAAAAGAGAUCUCACAAUGUCCCACGCUAGCGGUAAAGCACGAUGGUUAGGAGAAUGCGCCUUCAUCAGCGGGAAUAACAAAACCGAAUCGGAAAGAAUGCUAAAACCAAUUUCAACGGAAAAAGAUACAAAAAUAUUUAACCGUAGAAAUAUGUAAAUUAUUUAUGUUGUGUUCUUGCGUUGCUAAAGAGAGUUUUAUGUAUUUUUUUCUUUUUCGUUUUCGUUUUUUUUUUGCGUCGUUGUGUCAGUGAUGAGGCAUAUCGCACGCCAGUCUUCGGUAUUUUACCUUGCUAAAUAUGUACCUAAAGAGGGUAGUAUUCACUUUCAUUUAAUUAUUUCCGCGUUUAGGGUGUUUAUAUAAAAAUGAAGUACCGUGUAAUAUAAAUAAUUUGUAACAUAUAUUAAAUGUUUAAUUUUAAUUUUUUAUAUAAAAAAAUAAAGAUGUAAAAUUA